CGAGCCGGGCCGGGCCGGGCCGGGCCGGGCCGGGCAGCCGAUGGGGGAGCGCGGGGUGCCGAGCCAGGUGCAGCUCUUCCUCCGCGCCUGCGAGCAGGGCGACUGCGACACCGCCCGGCGCCUGCUGGGGCUGGCGGCGGCCGGGCCGGAGGCGGCGGGCGCCGAGGAGGCUGCGGCGGAGCCGACGGGAGGCGGCGGCGAGGCGGCGGCGGCCGGGCCCCCGGUGCCCGUGGACGGCACGGACGAGGCGGGCAACACGGGGCUGCAGUUGGCGGCGGGCGGCGGCCACGAGCAGCUGGUGCGGGUCCUGCUGCGCAAGGGCGCCUCGGUGCAGAGCCGCAACCACUACGGCUGGAGCCCGCUCAUGCAGGCGGCCAGGUUUGGACAUCUAACUGUGGCCCACAUUUUGUUGGAGAAUGGUGCUGAUCUCAAUGCACAGAAUAAGCUGGGAGCCAGCGUUCUUACAAUGGCUUCUAGAGGCGGUCAUGUCAGCAUGGUGAAAUUGUUACUGGAAUCUGGAGCUUUUGUUGAUAAUUAUGACCAUUUUAAUACCAGCUUGGUUAACACCAACAAAGAGGAGCUACCGGAUAUAACACCACUAAUGGCAGCUGCCCAACAUGGACAUGAGGCAGUGGUGCAUCUUCUGUUAGACUGGGGAGCUGAUUGUAAUUACACUGUGAAGACCAUGGGUUGGAGUCCUCUAAUGCUGGCAGCUAUGAGUGGAAACGUGAGCUUAGCACAACAGCUCAUGGAAAAAGGAGCCAAUCCUGACCAUCUAAAUGUAUUGCAUAAAACACCUUUUGAAAUCUCUGUUGACUUCAAGCAUAAAGACAUGAAAGAUUAUCUGGAAUCGCUAACAACAGUUAGACCCCAGACAGAUAAAGAAAAGAAACAACCUGAUGUUUUUCAUGCUUUGAAAAUGGGAAAUUUUCAGUUGGUAAGAGAGAUUGCUGAUGAAGACCCAAACCAAGUCAAUAUUACUAAUAGUGAUGGUGCAUCUCCGCUGAUGAUUGCUGCUGUAACUGGACAGUUGGCCCUUGUACAGCUUCUUGUUGAGAGAAAUGCUGAUAUUGACAGGCAGGAUAAUGUUCAUGGCUGGACAGCACUAAUGCAAGCCACAUACCAUGGAAAUAAAGAAGUUGUUAAGUAUUUGUUGAAUCAAGGAGCUGAUGUGAAUUUGCGUGCAAAGAACGGAUACACAGCCUUUGAUCUGAUAAUGCUGCUGAACGACCCAGACACAGAACUUGUACGAUUACUAGCAUCAGCCUGCAUGCAAGUAGACAAAGACAAGGGUAAACUGACUAAUAGAUCAUCCUUGCCCUGUUCCAGAAAUAGGCAAACUUUAAAUACUCCAGUGUUGCCAGAUGACAAGGGAGGACUAAAGUCUUGGUGGAAUAGGAUGUCAAAUAGAUUCCGCAAGCUGAAGUUGACCCAAACUUUGCGUCAUGGAUUUUCUACCAAUCAGUUUGUGCCUUUUCCUGAUGAGCCAGAAAUGUCAUUAAAUUCUACCAUAAAAGCCACUUCACAGAAUGAUGUGAACAACUCUGGAAUCCCUGAUACUACUACAGCUUGGAUCACAAAUAAAACUAGUGGUACAGGUACUACAAAAAUAGAAAAAGAUGAUGAAAUAUUGACAACCAUGUUAAGAAGUGGUGCUCCAUUUACUAGGCUACCUAAUGAUAAGCUCAAGGCUGUUAUUCCUCCUUUCUUACCUCCCUCGAGUUUUGAGCUGUGGAACUCUGACCGAACACGUACAAACAAAGAUGGCAAGGCUGAACAGACAUCUGGAAGCAAAGGUUCUAGACCAGUCAAAUUGCCUGCUUUUGUACGAAGACCUGCUUCUCCCUCAAAUUCCAACACUUUCAACCAUUCUCCUCACUCCUCUGGUGGAUCCAACAACAUAGCUGGAAUUAACAGACAUGGUGGAGAACUGCAUAAUAGAUCAGGUGGCAGUGCAGACAGUGUUUUAUCUCAAAUUGCAGCUCAAAGGAAAAAAGCAGCAGGUCUGCCAGAUCAGAAACUCAAUCAGCAGCAUAGUCCGGUCUCCACAGGUCCUUCGUCCACUCUGCCUGAUCUGCAGACUGCUCAGGUCAUUAGCAAUGGCAUAGGAAAGCAGAAACUGGAGAUGAACAAAAGGCCUACAUCUGGGACCUCAUCAACAUCUAAAAGCACAUCACCAACUCUUACACCAUCAGCAUCGCCCUCCCCAUCUCCUAAGGUUCAAGAUGCAGAGUCCUCGCUCUCUUCUCACAGGCAAGCCAAGAGUAAUGGUGGCUCUAGCAGUGGAACUAUCACUGAUGAAGGUAACCAAUUAGUGGAUCACCACAAACAUGUUCCUAGUUUGAGAACCACUGACAUAGAGAAUCAUGAAAGAAGAAACAAUAUCAGAGUAAAAGGAUUUUGUGAAAACUUGGAGAAAGAUGAGCUGACUGGAAUCCUUAAAAAAUUGUCACUUGAGAAAUAUCAGCCUAUUUUUGAAGAACAGGAGGUAGAUAUGGAAGCCUUCCUCACACUUACUGAUGGUGAUUUGAAAGAACUGGGCAUUAAGACUGAUGGAUCCAGGCAGCAAAUCUUGGCAGCUAUUUCCGAAUUAAAUGCAGGAAAGGGACGUGAGAGACAGAUUUUACAAGAAACUAUACACAACUUCCAUUCUUCCUUUGAGAGUAGUGUUAGUAACACCAGACCUCCUGGCAAUUCUCAGUCACCUGGAUGUUGGAUAAGACCACAUGAACUUGUUCCCACUAAGCGGUAGCUUUUGGAUAAGGGACUGUUAUUUUGAUGUCUGAGGUGUGGAUGAGUGAAUCCAAGUGUGCAGCAAAAAACUUUGUAAACUUAACACUAACCCACAGUGUCUGGGUGAAGACUGUGCACGAGGCUUCAGGUCAGCAAAGGUUCUCUUUUAAGAACAAAUAGUCUCAAUGACUUUAAUGGGGCAUCCUGCAUGGUUAGAUUUAAGCCUAUUAAGUGCUGUGCUGGUUCGGGGUCUAUACUAGGAACAAAGCUAGAAGUGCAGCAAGAUUGAUAACGUAAAGAGAUGUGUAGCUGACUUUGGUCUUCAGAGGUACUACUCUGGAAGGCUUCCAGAAAGCUUAUAUUGGCACAGCUAAGAACCACAGAGGUAUGUGAAAGGAGACAUGAAAGUUGUUGCCAAUUAUGAGAACUUGUGUACAUGAGUCUCUGAAUGAAUUUGGCACUACAGAAUAUUACAUCAGUAUGAGUGAAAAAGACUUAAAGGGUGUGGACAGAGGAACUCUUGGAGCUCUUGCAGAAGGGGAACAUUUCACAAAGGCUGUGUACAAGCAUUACAUUUAGAAAGCUGUAACUGAUAUUAGACCUUAGGGAUAGACAUUACACACAAACUGGUUUAAGUGAUCAGAAACUGGUUUAAACCUGUAACAGAAGAGAUGUUCAGUGCACAUAAACCAGUUUGAAAAUGGCUGACACUGGUUUGAGAUAAACCUGGUUGAAUGUAGUAUCAGCCUUAACUGAUUUAGGUCAAACUGGUUUAUACAAUGUCUGUCCCAGACCCUUUGCUGGUUUACGCUAAACCAGACACCCCCAGCAUCCUGGCAUGCUCUCUGGGGUGGGAGGGGCUCUCUGCUCCGAGCAGAGCUGGCCCCUCCCCUCUGCUCACUGGCUGGAGCUCCAGCAGAGACUUGCAGGCACAGCAGGGUCUGCUGGCUUUCCCAUGCCUGCCCCCCCCUCACUGCCUAAGCAGAGAUCCCUUCCUCCUCUCCCACAGCACAGACUGUAGCCAGCAUGUGAUAUGCUAGCUAAUGCUGUGUAAGGCAGAUAGGACACUGUCUGCUUAGGGCUUUUUGGAAGUAAUCAAAAGCUCAGAUGGUCACGUCUCUGCAUUCCUUCCUUUGGAAAAGACAGACAAGGUUAUUUGGGUAAAUCUGAUAACUUUUAUUAGAUCAACUAAAUAGUUGGAAAAAAUUUUCUUAGCAAGCUUUUGGGUUUAAAAACCCUUUGUCAGGCAGAGGAAGCAUCUGUAGUUGGUGUGUGCUUUUCCUGGAUGGAAUGAAUAGUAAGGAAGCCAGAGGCUGGUAUGCAUUUUCCUUUGGAAAAAGCUGUUUAAGAAGAGCUUGUAAUGAGCGAGGCUUUGUUUUCUGAUGGAGUGUUAAAUGCUGAUAACAGAGCUGAUAAAUGCUCUUUUAUCAAGGCUGGAGGACACCCCUCCCUAAUCACAGUGUCCUGCCAUGGCCUGACCAUGCCCCCUUCUGUUCAGCCCUGUGCAAGGGAAGGGAGGGCUGCCCUAGUGCCCCCCCAUCUUCUAGCCUGAGUCACUGCAGACAUGUGCCUGCAUUUCUGGAAUGUCUGUCUGGUUACAUAACUGAUUUAGCCUAGCUAGGUUAGACUAACCUGCAAAGAUUGAAUCAAUUCAGGCUCAGGCUUUUUGAAUGUCUGUCCCUAGCCAGGGUGAUCUACAUGGCUGGGUGUGCAAAUGUUCACAGGGCUUAGGUUGCCCUAAAAAUGGCUUACCUGAACUAAAAUUAGUUCUCAUCAGAUGAGAACUAACUUCAGAUUGGCGUGGGUUAACCUGACUUAUCAUGGAUUAGCCUAGCCUAAUGGAUGCUUGCAUGGGUGACCAACACAGCCCUUGACUGAGAAAGCCCAGCCACUCUCCACAGCCUUGGAGCAGUGAUGUUUGUACCCCCUCUGUCCAUGAGCAUACCCCUGGCCUGGGCAAUACCCCCUGUGGACCCACCAGCUGCUCCCCUCCUUACUUCCCUCUCAUCCCACUCCCCCCAGGACUUAUUGCCUCCAGCUGUCCAUACAAAUGCUUGCAUCAGGUAGUAAGCUGCCUAUCCUGUGCCAGCUUGUUUGCGCCUGAAGGCAGCAGCAGGUACUUUCUGAUUAUUAUAUGUGAAUAAGCCAAAAAUUAUUCAAAUGCAGCAAAGCUACUCCAACUUUAAACCUCAAUGAAGGCGUGUCAAAAUUGGAGCUGGUUUUGCUGCAUUUGAAUAAUUUUCAGAUCUUUCACACAUAAGAAUUAGAACAUAGAAGCUGCUGCCCUUCUGAAUUGUUCCGUUUUUGAAAGGGCUCCUGACAUUCAUGUGUCCAUACCCGAAGUUACAAGAUGUAAUGGUUUUGUGAAAGAAGUAAAAAAAAGGAAUAUUAAUACUUAUAUUAACUAAAUAAAGCAUAUUUUGUUUAAUCAAUGUUAAGAGAUUUAGAGCAACAAUAAAUAGUAAAUGCAUUUAUGUUGAUAAACUACCCAUUUGUAAAAAUUUAAAAAUAUCACUAUUUAAGAAAACCCAUAAUUUGUCACCAGUAUUUAAACAGGAAUAAUGUAAAAAUAUUUUAAAUUGUUGAUUUUUUUUUUUUUUUUUACAUUAAAACCAUUUAACAUA